UUCCCGUUUAUUGGGGUAAAUGGUGAGGUGGGGUCCAAUUGGUGUUUGUCUGGUGAGUUUGGAGGCACUGCACACUCUUUUAUGCCCCAUCGGUGCCUCUUUACUAGACCAAUCUCCAAUGUGACCACAACCUCCAACUUCUAUAAGAACCCCCCCUUCAUCCUAAACCAACUCACAACCUUAACAACACAAACAUAAGAAGAAAAAGAAAAGGUCUCCAAAGCAAUUAACUCUUGAAAUUAUGAAGAUGGGUAGUCCUAGCAUGGGAGGCUCUAAGAGAAGGCUUUCAAGCAGAGGGCUUGGAGGUGCCCUUAGGGAGCAAAGGGCAAGGCUAUACAUAAUAAGAAGGUGUGUGGUCAUGCUCCUCUGCUGGCAUGACUAGUGCUACUACCAUGAGCUUGCUUCCUUUGGAAUGGAACAACUUUGCUUGUUAUCUCCCUUCUUUCUUCUAUUCUUUUCUUUUCAUUCAUGGUGGAGUGUAAAUAGCUGACGGAUGGUUAUUGUGGAACAGUGUAACAAUUUUUUGUAUGCCUUGCUAGCCUUAUAGAUACAUAUAUGGCUUGCCUCUAUGUACACAAUAAUAACACUUAAUUAUUUAUAACAAUUUCAAUGUUAUCAUAUUUCAGAGUUUACUUUA